GCGCGCGACCCGCAGUUCCAACACCAAAGCUUGCAUUCCAGCUGGGAAGCACCUGCAGGCUUAUGCGCAACAAGCAGAAGAGAUGGCGCGCGCGCUGGAGGUUCUGCAAGAAACAAGUGCAAGCACGUCUGCGGCCCGUGCCAAGCACGAAGGCCAAAAGAAUAGGCGCACGACCCGCAGUUCCAACACCAAAGCUUGCAUUCCAGCUGGGAAGCACCUGCAGGCUUAUGCGCAACAAGCAGAAGAGAUGGCGCGCGCGCUGGAGGUUCUGCAAGAAACAAGUGCAAGCACGUCUGCGGCCCGUGCCAAGCACGAAGGCCAAAAGAAUAGGCAAGGUUGGCGUGCAGGCUUUGAAUUUCUUAGGCUGCGCACGACCCGCAGUUCCAACACCAAAGCUUGCAUUCCAGCUGGGAAGCACCUGCAGGCUUAUGCGCAACAAGCAGAAGAGAUGGCGCGCGCGCUGGAGGUUCUGCAAGAAACAAGUGCAAGCACGUCUGCGGCCCGUGCCAAGCACGAAGGCCAAAAGAAUAGGCGCACGACCCGCAGUUCCAACACCAAAGCUUGCAUUCCAGCUGGGAAGCACCUGCAGGCUUAUGCGCAACAAGCAGAAGAGAUGGCGCGCGCGCUGGAGGCGGCCCGUGCCAAGCACGAAGGCCAAAAGAAUAGGCGCACGACCCGCAGUUCCAACACCAAAGCUUGCAUUCCAGCUGGGAAGCACCUGCAGGCUUAUGCGCAACAAGCAGAAGAGAUGGCGGCCCGUGCCAAGCACGAAGGCCAAAAGAAUAGGCGCACGACCCGCAGUUCCAACACCAAAGCUUGCAUUCCAGCUGGGAAGCACCUGCAGGCUUAUGCGCAACAAGCAGAAGAGAUGGCGCGCGCGCUGGAGGUUCUGCAAGAAACAAGUGCAAGCACGUCUGCGGCCCGUGCCAAGCACGAAGGCCAAAAGAAUAGGCGCGCGACCCGCAGUUCCAACACCAAAGCUUGCAUUCCAGCUGGGAAGCACCUGCAGGCUUAUGCGCAACAAGCAGAAGAGAUGGCGCGCGCGCUGGAGGUUCUGCAAGAAACAAGUGCAAGCACGUCUGCGGCCCGUGCCAAGCACGAAGGCCAAAAGAAUAGGUGGUUCCACUGUGUUGUCAUGAAGCUGUGUGGCUCUGUUCUUUGUGUGUUGCUGCUUGCCGUUGUACGCGCUGUCGUUGGGGCACCAACAGACUACGCGAGUGUCCGCGCAGAAGUUGUCAAGGCUUAUGCGCAACAAGCAGAAGAGAUGGCGCGCGCGCUGGAGGCGGCGCGCGCCAAGCACGAAGGCCAAAAGAAUAGGCGCACGACCCGCAGUUCCAACACCAAAGCUUGCAUUCCAGCUGGGAAGCACCUGCAGGUGAACUCACUGUGUUGUCAUGAAGCUGUGUGGCUCUGUUCUUUGUGUGUUGCUGCUUGCCGUUGUACGCGCUCAAGGCGCGCGACCCGCAGUUCCAACACCAAAGCUUGCAUUCCAGCUGGGAAGCACCUGCAGGCGGCCCGUGCCAAGCACAAAGGCCAAAAGAAUAGGCAAGGUUGGCCUUCAGGCUUUGAAUUUCUUAGGCUGCAGCCGUUUUUGAUGUUGUAUGUGCUGCGAAGUCAAGUGUCUCAGGGCUAA